CAAUAAAUAAAUAAGCAUACAUAUUAAAAUAAAACAUUUGUUGUGAAAUAAACGUGUACUCAACAUGUACAGAAACAGGGUGUCACAAUCCACGGCGAGUUUGGAAAAAGACUAUUUAAAAUUAAUUUAUAAUGCAGAGACUUUUCCUUGGCAAAUAACUCAUUUGCCUCUAUUGACGGAUGUACUUUAUUGUUUUCUCACGCGCUUCAAAGUGUCAGCCCUCUUUUAAUUUAAGUACCUUUCUUUCAAAAGCGAGUCAACUGAAGAAAUGGAAAACUCUCUUUAUGAAAUGAUUUGUAAGCAGUCAUCAUUGGGUCAGUGGGUUAAUGAACUGUCUAUUUACAACGCCACCUUCUGGUCAGCGGUAUUGUGCAGGUGUUUUUUUCUUUCUUUCUUUUUCAUCAAAGAUAUCGUCUGCCCAAAGAAAGAGCUUUAUUUGUUUUGUUUUUUCUUCCCUUUUUUUUCUUCCUCUCUUCCUGAAAGAAAAGUUGUUAGAAUAUUUUUUUGUUCCAUGAAUGGAACAUGUUUCUUCAGAGCAAGAGGAAUGAAGUGUGGAAUUAUCAGUAAUUUAUCAGAAAGUCCAGCAGAUAUCGAUGAGCAUUUAAGGAUUAUUUAUUGAGAAAUGAGGUGGGGAUUUUUGCAUCACCGUUAUGAUAGGUUCAACGUUUUUAUUGUCAUCAUAUGCAACUUGUUUUAUCUAAUCAGUGUAAGUCAUGCAUUAAGUAGUAUAGAAACUUUUGACGCCAUAGUUCCUCGCACUGUAUCUAGUCAUAGACGUCAUGAAAGACAAGUCAAUUUCCAAAGCACCUCUAGUGACAAAACACCAAUACCAACACCAAAAGUUACGAGAUUACCACGCAUUUCAUCUCUGGAGCUUGGAGAAAUUGUUGGUAAAGCUGUAGUUGAGAUAGACAAGAGGCUUAACUCUUUGGAACAGCGUAUAUUCAGAAAUGGUAUUGUGCUUGAUCCUGGUAGUCCAUCAUGGUUUGCAGCAGCAUCAGCAAAAACAAAAGUUGCUGCCAAAAACGUUUCCAGAAUGGCACUUGUGUCAGAAGAAGCAUCAAAGCUUUUACUUCAACAGUAUAAGUUGAGUAAAGAUCAAGUUCUUCAUGCCCUUCCAACCGUUGACAUAAGGGGAACAGCUCUGGAAAAAGACUGCCCAUUUAUGGUUGAUUUUCCUUGUCGUCCCAAAAAGUAUCGAGCUUAUAGUGGAUACUGCAACAACGUUCAGAAUCCUCGUUGGGGAAAUGCAAAUACUGGGUACAUUCGUUAUCUUGCCCCUGAUUAUUCAAAUAAUGUGAAUAAUCCACGAGAAUCAAUUUCCAGACAAGCUCUUCCCAGCGCUCUUGAAGUGAGUCGUUUAGUGCACUCAGAUUCCGAGAGACCCCAUCCUCAUUUAACAGUUUUCCUGGCCAUUUUUGCCGAAUUCAUUUUUCACGACAUUUUUCACACAUCACAAAGUGCAGGUUACCGAGGACACCGAUUGCGAUGUUGCGACGUACCAUCAGAAUUUCUACAUCCAGAAUGCUUUCCUAUCAUAGAUAACAAAUCCACAAGAAGGCCACAGUUAUGUGUCAAUUAUGUGAGAUCUUCAAAUGUGCCAAGAGCAGGAUGUACUCUAGGUACUCGGGAGCAAAUUAAUCAGGUGACUUCUUUUAUUGAUGGUUCAGUUAUUUAUGGUUCUUCAGAAGAAGAAGUCAAACGUCUAAAAGCGAAUCAAAAUGGGCUUUUAAAGAUUCAGGGUCAUUUACAGCUAUUGCCUCCAGACACAGCUAAUCCACAUGAUUGUAGAUCAACUUCAACUCGCAAGUGUUUUUUAGCUGGUGAUGUCCGUGUUAAUGAAAAUAUUGGAUUGAUGGUCAUGCACACUAUUUGGGUUCGGGAACAUAACAGAAUUGCUGGGAAACUGGCGGAACUUAAUGCACAAUGGACAGAUGAACAGCUUUUUGAAGAAACAAGAAAGAUUGUUGGAGCUGAGCUUCAGCACAUUACUUAUUCUGAAUUGCUCCCAGUCCUUCUUGGAAGACAAGUCCUCCGCCAAUUUGAUCUUGAAGGUCAGAAGGAAGCGACAUUCUACCAAGGUUACGACAUUAAUCUCAACCCUGGAACAUCUAAUGCCUUCGCUGCUGCUGUUGGUGCUUCAUUCUAUUCCAUGAUGCCAUCUCAUUUCUUUCGCUACGUUCAAUCAACUGGUACAAAUCGAGACAAGACAAAAGCGAAACACGACACUGUUGGUUCUAUGCAAAUUGGUGAAACCCACUUUUUUCCCGUGCCACUUUAUGUUGACGAGGCCUUUGAUCAAUUCUUGUUGGGCAUGGUAAACCAGAAAGCACAAUCCAUGGAUGAGUUCAUAACAAAGGAAAUGAAUAAUAAUCUUGUAGAGGAAACCGGAGGAGACAGAAAGAACGAUGAAAUGGAUUUAGCAGCUUGGAUCAUUCAGCAAGGUCGAGAUCAUGGCAUACCAGGUUAUAUAGAAUGGCGGAAAGCUUGUAGAUUAUCACCUUCUAUCCAAAACUUUACUACUCUUAGUCAGAUAAUGACAGCUGAAGCAGCUGAAAAUAUUGCGAAAGCAUACGCAGAUGUCCGUGAUGUUGAUUUAUUCACUGGAGGUUUAUCAGAAAAACCAAUCGUUGGUGGAGUGGUUGGACCGACAUUUGCCUGCAUUUUAAGCAGGCAAUUUCAACACUUGAAAAGGGCCGAUAGAUUUUGGUACGAAAAUGAUAUUCCACCUAACUCUUUCACUAAAGAUCAGCUUCAAGAAAUUCGAAAAACUAGCUUGGCUCGAAUUUUAUGUGAUAAUGCGGGAAAACUUGUCCGAUUACUCCAACCUUCUCCAAUGCUAAUGCCUGAUGAAUAUCUGAACGCCUAUCAAGAUUGCAACAACACUGCUCCAGCAUUGGAUUUAACGAAAUGGAAAACAAAAUCUCCAGGCUAUGAAGUUCCAAAAGAAACGCUUUUGACUUCUCUAAAAGAGGCCAUGAGGCAGGCUAUAAAAAGAAUUGCUGCUGAACAAGAAGUUUUCAGUAGAAAUAUAGGAGUGGCUCCUCAUACAAGUGCUGAAGCAGUACAUCACGUGUUUUUAAGACCAAAGAGACAGGCCAUGUUCAUCGCAAAUAAAUCUUUGGUGUUGGAAUUAGCUUCUCUUCAACUCAUACAUGACGUGCAAUUGAAAGAUCCCGAAAAAAAGCCAAGUGAUUUAGAAGUGGCUAAUAUGAUGCUGGCUUUAUCGUCACAAGAUGUGGAAGAUUACAUUCAGCUUGGAAUUCGGGAGAAUUUGCCUGAGAAUCUAGAGGGCCGAUGCCGAUUUGAAGAGGAGCAUUCGUCUUUGCCUUGUGAUCACACCACACCUUUCAGAUCAGCUUCUGGAUGGUGUAACAACAUUCAAAAUCCACAAUGGGGAAAGUCUCUGGUCACCUUCCAACGUCUGUUGCCUCCACGAUAUCAUGAUGGUAUAAGUGCUCCGCGUUCAGUUGGAGCAUCUGGAAGAGAUCUACCAUCUCCUCGGCUUGUGUCUACUAUAGUUCAUUACGCCAUAGCUGCACCGCAUGCAAGAUAUACUUUGGCUCUAAUGCAAUGGGGACAAUUUGUAGACCACGAUUUAACCUUAACCCCUAUGCAUGAAGCACUCGGUCGACGUCCCCUGGACUGCAAAUCAUGUGAUUCGGCUAAAACAGUUCAUCCUGAAUGCUGGCCAAUUCCCAUUCCCCCAGAUGAUCCAUUCUUUCCAUCAGUGCACAAGAAUUCUUCAAAAAAUUGCAUCUCUUUUGCAAGAUCUCUGGCUGGACAACUGACCCUUGGUCGCCGUGAACAGAUGAACCAAUUAACAUCCUACUUAGAUGCCUCUAACAUGUAUGGGUCGGAUGCAUGUGAAGCAAGAAUGUUGAGAACAUCACAAGGUGGACGACUCAAUUCCACCAAACACCCCUUUGGUGGCAAAGAUUUAUUACCGUUGGAUGUGACUAAUGUGGAAUGCAGAGCUCCAUCUGGCGUUUGCUUUGAGUCCGGUGAUAUUAGGGCAAGUGAACAACCUGGAUUAACAUCAAUGCACACUAUAUGGAUGAGAGAACAUAACCGUAUAGCAGCGGAAUUGGAAAGAAUUAAUCCUCAUUGGAGGGACGAGACAAUAUAUCAACAGGCUCGACGCAUCGUUUCGGCCAUGUUGCAGCACAUUACUUUCACGGAAUUCGCACCACGAGUCUUGGGUGAGAAACUCAUGAAAGAAUCAGAAUUAUUCUCGAGUCCAUACAAGUAUGACCCAACAUGCGACGCAUCUAUAUUCAACGAGUUUGCUGCAGCUGCUUAUAGAUUUGGGCAUACCCUUCUGAAGCCAGCCUUUCCGAGAAUCGGAUCUAAAUAUGAAGGGAACUCUGGAAAGGUACCUUUGCAGUUGAGAACGGUAUUCUUCAACCCUGAACCCUUGUAUGAAAGAAAUGCUAUUGAUGAAAUUCUUCGAGGUCUUCUGAGCACUAGCGUGGAAGUUUUUGAUCAUUCCAUUACAUCCGAAGUCACGAAUCACUUGUUCGAAGACCGAAAAGUGCCAUUUUCAGGUAUGGACCUCGUGUCUCUCAAUCUUCAGAGAGGCAGAGAUCAUGGAUUACAAGGUUACAACGCAUACCGGGUGCUUUGUAAUAAAACUAGAGCAACAACUUUUGAAGAUUUAUUAGAAGACAUUCCUCAACACAUUGUUCAAAGACUGAAAAGCGUUUAUGAAAAUGUAGAUGACAUAGAUUUAUUCACUGGUGGAGUGUCAGAAACUCCGAUGUAUGGAGCUCUUGUGGGUCCAACAUUUGGAUGCAUCAUAUCAAUGCAGUUUAACAACUUAAAGAAAUGUGAUCGCUUUUGGUAUGAAACACAAGAUCCCUUUCUGAGGUUUACUGAUGAUCAGUUAGCUGAAAUCCGCCAAACUAAAAUAUCCAAAGUAAUUUGUGAUAAUGCUGAUUCCAUUGAUACAGUCCAGAUGAUGGGUUUUGAGCUUCCUGAUGACUUUUUAAAUCCAAGAAUGUCAUGCAAAAGUCUUCCAUCCAUAAAUUUAAGACUCUGGAAAGAAACAAACUCUUGUAAUUAUGAAGUCCAAUCAAAUGAUAUCGUCAGUAUUCCUACAGGUCACACGCAUCGAAUUUCUCCUUGUAUCACUUGUUCUUGUACUAAAGAAGGGAUGGUUUGCCAAUCUAUGAAGAUAUCAAAUUGUUUUCAACUUGCAUCUACAUACACAAGGGAACGAAUCCUUGAAGAUGAUGUUUGUAAAGUACAGUGUGCUUUUGCAUUUAGAACAUAUCCGCAAUUUGAAUCAAGUGUCAAUAACGUAUUAGGAUUCACCAUAAGCAAUAAUUAAUCUAAGUGAGACUAUGAUAGAUACAAAAGACGAAGAAAAAAAAAACAUAGUAAAUGUUGUGUUGUACAUUUUCACUGAUGUUAUAAAUAAAAUAUUUUCCUUUUUUUAUAA